AUGGGCGAGCAUAAUCUCCUUAAUCCUGGGUUUGUGGGACCUUUGGUGAACAUCCACACGGGAGACACCUUCUACUUCCCCAAUUUCAGAGCUUCCGGAGGACAGCUGCCUGGCUUGCCGUCUCUCUCCUACCCGAGAAGGGACAAUGUUUGUUCUUUGCCCUGGGCAUCCUCAGAGCCCUGCAACGGAUACCCACAGCCCUAUCUCAGCAGCCCCGUGUCCAUUAACCCUUCUUUCAGCAGAGCGUGCGACCUAGCUAGAGUGGAGGAGAGCAAAUGCUACUACAGGGAGGCUUGCUCCGAGACUGCCAGCCUCAAGAGGGAGGAAAGGGUCAGGGACAAUGCUUUGAUGCCACUUGAACCUGGGAUUCCCAAUGGAAUGAGCGGCAAUUUCAGCAAAUAUGACUAUCCGGCGUCUGAGACUGUGUCCCACGAUCCCCCUUCUUGUCAGUCCUUGGAGUCAGACUCCAGCUCAUCCUUACUCAAUGAAGGGAAUAAGGGCUCUUCCAGCGAACCAGCCACAAUGGUCUCGCCUAUCAACCAAGGAAGCAAUCUGUCCACUGGUGGUGCUCCGUGGUACCCGAUGCAUACAAGGUCCCGGAAAAAGCGAAAACCCUAUUCCAAGCUUCAGCUAGCAGAGCUGGAAGGGGAGUUUAUGGUCAACGAAUUCAUUACCCGCCAAAGAAGGAGGGAGCUCUCAGACCGAUUAAACCUGAGUGAUCAGCAGGUGAAGAUCUGGUUCCAGAACCGACGCAUGAAAAAGAAAAGACUGCUUCUGAGGGAGCAAGCUCUUUCUUUCUUUUAA